CAACUACUUGAGCUGAAUGACAGUUUAUAUUUGCUUUCCAAUAAUGCCAGUGCUCAGUGAUGUUUCUGAAAAGGGUUGGUGUUUUGUUAGCCAUUCACGCAGUUUAUCGGUCACCUUUGCCCACACUAGAACUUUGCACACUGCUCUGAUGUUCAAUAAUUUCUACAACAAGAAUCUUCAAGCUCCUCACAGACAUUCAUUCCACCACCGAUGCGUUCAAUUGGUCAGACUAAAUCCCACACUAGGAUUGGAGUGCCUUGUAGUGAACAUCCCUUCAGUUGUAAAUUUAAGAAACACAGUUGUAUCAAUACUUUGUUCCAAUGUCAACAUUCUUGAAGGUAAAGAUGUGCUUUUUGCAGUGUCAAGAAGGAGGUGCCAGUUUUCAACGUUCUGUGAUCCCACUCCCUACCAUUGGGCAUUACCUGUGCUUUGGAGUCACUUUUUAGAAGCACUCUCUAUUCAGAGCACAAAAAGUUGAUGGAUGUAAAAAUGUAGGAAAUUUCCCCAUUGUACGAUGGGAUUGGACUAAGUGAGGUGGAGAAGAAAACAAAACAAUUCAUUUCAUAUCUUUACAUUUCAAGUCUAUAUUGACUCUUCUUCAGAGGCAAAAAUGCCUAGAUAUUAUAGAGGGAAAUGCAUAAGACGUACGUACCAAGGACGGGCUACCUUUCGAUGAACCCAUUCGAACUGCACAAACACCUAAUAAACACAUAUGUGUUGACAAGUAAAGGGUCUACGAGCUUCCUCAAACGUGACACGUCGAGGGACAAAACUGACUCGGACGUAUUGAGAGAAAAUCACAAAUUUCUUUGGGAUGAAGAUGAAGUGCCUAAAACUUGGGAAGAACGGCUUGCGAGAAAGUAUUAUGACAAGCUUUUCAAAGAAUUCUGUAUAACAGAUUUAACCAUGUAUAAAAAGAAUAAGAUAGCGCUGAGGUGGCAGACGGAACAAGAGCUGGUUACUGGCAAAGGACAGUUUAUAUGUGGAGCCAAAGGCUGUCCAGAAAAGGAGCACUUAAAAACAUGGGAAGUUAACUUUGCCUAUAAGGAGCAAGGUGAAAAAAAGAAUGCCCUUGUCAAACUUCGCCUAUGUAAUGAUUGUUCAACAAAGCUAAAUUACAGUAAGAAAAGAAAAGAGAUAAAGAGAAUACGGAUAAAACAUAAAACUGGAAAAAGUAGCAAAACGUGUAAUAAAGGAGAAACAACCAACAUGGAAGAAAAGGAAGAAGAAGAAAAGACUGAAGAAGAAACAAAGACUAAUUGCAGUGAAGAAAACAAUAUUUGGACAAAGCCAAUUGAUGAGUCUGUUGAAGUUUCAAGAGAAGAAGAUUUUGAAAAAUAUUUGGAACAUUUGCUAUUUUAAAUAGUUAGAAGUUAAGUAAUAUUAUCUUCCUAAAAAAAUAAUUGCAAGUUUUUCUGGUUGUCUCUGGCAAGAUCAGGCCUUAUUUAUUUAUUUUUUUUAAGCUUUUAAUACAAUACUUUUUAAAAUGUAAUUAAUGUUCAAAUUGUAUAGUUUUACCAAAUUAUAUAAUAAAUGGAUUGGAAUUCUUCUUGAACCAUCUCCAAGGAGAAUUAAUAAAUAUGUCUUGUAAGAUGAGAAAAGAUAAUGAAAAGUGGUCAUCCAGUCCAUUAUGGAUUUUUUGACUUUCUUCACAUUCAUUUUUUGAUAAAUAUAUUAUAACAAAAAAAUAAUUAAGAAAUCUAACCAGUAAAUUUGCUAGUGGUUCUUUUUUGUUUAUUUAAUGGCCUUAUGAACUUCACAUAUUAGCCAAGAUGUGUUGUGUGUACAUACUCACAUACACGUACAUAUUUUUAAGGGGAAGGGGUGUGUGAAAAAAGGACCGGGGCGAUGACCUAACCACUUGACCACACAAUCCCCAGCAUACCCCUAAGAAUUUUAUUUGAGAAAAUCAAAGAAAAAAGUAUAGCAUGGUUAGGGAUAAUAGCAAAAGUAUAACAGUGUGGUAGAUUAACAACCCCUUGUUAAUGGUGUUAAUCUCCUACAGGAUUAAAUUGGAUAAAUCAAUUGCACAAAUAAAUACAUUCAUACAUAUAAAUAGAUUCAUGCACUCAUCGUGAUUAUUCGAUGUAAUAUUGGAUCUCCAUUGACCUAUACACAGUAGUAAUAAUCUAACGUAAAUUAGGGAUCGAUGAGGUACUUUCACAAAUAUUCUGUCAUCCAGUCCAUAGUGUCACCAUCACCCUCCAGCUGAAAAAAAAUGUGUGUGUGCUUAGGGUCACUAUCACCCUCACCCUAUUAUGUUAGACCACUAUGACACCUCACCCUAUCAGGCUUUUAUAACUUAUAUUAUGCUAUUACAAAAAGGAAGGCUCCUGUCAUUAAAGAAGUCAAGAAAAAUACAGCUAUAAAAUUUUAUUGUACUUUGAGCAGAAAUCAUAUAUACAAAAUACUUAAUUUCCAAUCACAAUUGCUAAAUUUAUUGGCUUUGCAGUAAAUUUUUUUAAACAGUAAAUUUUUCAAAGAAUCAAUCAAGCUAUGACACAAUUAUAUCAUAUCGGUAAAACUGUGGGAAUAACAUCAAUACAAAGGAAUGUAGAUUGAACGAAUUAAAGAUUAAAAACAACAACAAAAGUAAUUAUAA